AAGAGGGGGGGGGAGAGAUAACGGUUUUAGGAGAGUUUAGGAAGAGCGGAUACACAGAUAUUGUGCUGCACCGGGGAGAGGCACAGACACUGGCGAUAACCUGGAGCUGCUCGCUAUGCCCGCUCUCGGAAGGCUAUUAGGAGACGACAUGCCGCCGCUGUAGGUGAUAUUAAAAUAAAUAAUAAUAAUAAUAAUAAUAACAACACAGGUAUUUAUUCGUUUUAUUCCCGCGAAACGGUUUGUUUUUACAUGCUGUGCGACUAAAUUGGAUACCGAAAAGGGGGGCGGGAGUGCGAGCAACAAGUGGAGUUUUUUUGGCGUCGGAGAGGCCGAAAUCUCGUCUCCAGCUAUGGAAGAGCAAAAAGAGCCCAACAGCGGCCGGGACUCGACCGAGGAGGAGAGCAUGUCCCUGUCGCCGAACCUCCCAUCCCCUCCUAUGAUUUUACCCCACCAGGCGGCCCAGCAGGCCCACAGAACCACGAACUUUUUCAUAGACAACAUCCUCCGGCCGGACUUCGGCUGCAGGAAGGAGCCGAGCUACCGCGACCGGAGCCAGACGCCGGGCAGAGAAAACGUCAACCCGCUGGGAGCCAGGCCGCCGCACGCCGGCAGCCUCUGCCUGGACUCCAACUGCAGCAGCGACAGCACCUCGUCGUCCCCUUCCUCCUCCUCGUCGUCCACGUCCUCCUCGCCCUCGUCCAAGCAGAACUCGUCAAAACAGGGCGAACCGGCGAGCAACGGGACCGGCAGAUACGCAGACAGCCCCUCGUCAAUUAUGGUUAUGAGUGGCAGCAAUGGAGGCUCUCCGCCCAGCACGAAGGAAAGCCAGCCGCUGUUGUGGCCCGCUUGGGUUUACUGUACACGGUACUCGGACCGGCCCUCAUCUGGCCCAAGGACACGGAAACUGAAAAAGAAGAAGAGCAGCAAGGAGGACAAGCGGCCCAGGACAGCGUUCACGGCCGAGCAGCUGCAGAGACUGAAAAACGAGUUCCAGGCCAACCGGUACAUAACGGAGCAGCGGAGACAGUCUCUGGCCCAGGAACUCAACCUGAACGAGUCCCAAAUCAAAAUCUGGUUCCAGAAUAAGAGGGCCAAGAUUAAAAAGGCCACCGGCUACAAGAACGGCCUGGCCCUGCAGCUCAUGGCUCAAGGACUGUACAACCAUUCAACGACCACCGUGCAGGAGGACAAGGAGGAGAGUGAAUGAGGGGCCCGGACAGGUUCCUGCUGAGGCCCCGCUACCUGACUCUGUUUGGAGAUAAUGAACAAAAAAAAAAAAAAAAAAAAACUGAACUGGAAGAAAGGGGGAAACGCUAUUUAAAAACACAGAUUUCUGUUUAUGGUAACAGUAUAUGGACAUAAUUAUAUAAAUGAACGAUCGUUAUUAAAGUUUAUAUAGCCACACAGUUAUCAUGUUGUAUACAAUAUAUUUAAUUUCAGGCUCAUCUCUCAUCCGGAUCCUUUCAGUCUGUUCAGUUUUUAGGAUGUCGAAUUGGCUCUAUAGGUUUUUUGUGGUCCCUCCGUCCCCCCGUCCCCCCCUGUCCCCCCAUAGUUGCGCCACAUGUCCCUUCAACACAUCAGUCCGCAGACUCAAACAAGCCAAAGAUUUUAAUAUGUUCACAUGUAGUCUGAAAUAAAGAAAGAGAAGAUG